UACGCAUGCGCGCACGCGGCCAGUCGGGCUGGGCUGCGAGGGGAGGGGGCGGCGGCGGCUGAGGCGGCGUCGUUAUUUCCGCGGUGGGCACUGUGCGUGUCGGCGGGGGUGGCCACGGGAGAAGUAGGCAUAAUGGUUAUGAAAGCUUCUGUAGAAGAUGAUGAUUCGGGAUGGGAGCUCAGUAUACCAGAAAAAAUGGAGAAAAACAGUACAAGCUGGGUGGACAUAACCCAAGAUUUUGAAGAAGCUUGUCGAGAAUUAAAGUUGGGAGAAUUGCUUCAUGAUAAGCUAUUUGGUCUUUUUGAAGCCAUGUCUGCCAUUGAAAUGAUGGAUCCAAAGAUGGAUGCUGGCAUGAUUGGAAACCAAGUUAAUCGAAAAGUUCUCAAUUUUGAACAAGCUAUCAAGGAUGGCACCAUUAAAAUUAAAGACCUCACCUUGCCUGAAUUGAUAGGGAUAAUGGAUACAUGUUUUUGCUGUUUGAUAACAUGGUUAGAAGGCCAUUCCUUGGCACAGACAGUAUUUACGUGCCUUUACAUUCAUAAUCCAGACUUUAUAGAAGAUCCUGCCAUGAAAGCUUUUGCUCUGGGAAUCUUGAAAAUCUGUGACAUUGCAAGGGAAAAAGUAAAUAAAGCUGCUGUUUUUGAAGAGGAAGAUUUUCAGUCAAUGACUUACGGAUUUAAAAUGGCUAACAGUGUGACAGAUCUUCGAGUUACAGGCAUGCUAAAAGAUGUGGAGGAUGACAUGCAAAGAAGAGUAAAGAGUACUCGAAGUCGACAAGGAGAAGAAAGAGAUCCAGAAGUUGAACUAGAACACCAACAAUGUUUAGCAGUAUUCAGCAGAGUGAAAUUUACUCGAGUGUUACUGACAGUGCUUAUAGCCUUUACUAAGAAAGAGACCAGUGCUGUUGCAGAAGCUCAAAAAUUGAUGGUUCAAGCAGCAGAUCUUCUUUCUGCCAUUCAUAAUUCAUUGCAUCAUGGCAUCCAGGCCCAGAAUGAUACUACAAAAGGAGAUCAUCCGAUUAUGAUGGGUUUUGAGCCCCUUGUUAACCAGAGACUACUUCCACCCACCUUCCCUCGAUAUGCAAAAAUAAUUAAAAGGGAAGAAAUGGUCAACUAUUUUGCAAGAUUAAUAGAUAGAAUAAAAACUGUCUGUGAGGUGGUCAAUUUAACAAAUUUACAUUGUAUUCUGGAUUUUUUCUGUGAAUUCAGUGAACAGUCACCUUGUGUUCUUUCAAGAUCUCUGUUACAAACCACUUUCCUGGUGGAUAACAAAAAGGUCUUUGGAACCCAUCUCAUGCAAGACAUGGUGAAAGAUGCACUUCGGUCUUUUGUCAGUCCUCCGGUGCUCUCCCCAAAAUGCUGCCUGUAUAAUAAUCACCAGGCUAAGGACUGUAUUGACUCCUUUGUUACUCACUGUGUUCGGCCAUUCUGUAGUCUUAUUCAGAUCCAUGGACAUAACAGGGCUCGACAGAGAGACAAGCUUGGUCAUAUUCUUGAAGAAUUUGCUACCUUGCAAGAUGAGGCAGAGAAGGUUGAUGCAGCUCUUCACACUAUGCUGUUGAAACAGGAACCCCAAAGGCAACAUUUGGCCUGUUUAGGUACCUGGGUCCUUUACCAUAACCUUCGCAUUAUGAUACAGUAUCUUCUAAGUGGCUUUGAAUUGGAACUCUACAGCAUGCACGAGUACUAUUACAUAUAUUGGUAUCUCUCUGAAUUCCUUUAUGCAUGGUUGAUGUCGACAUUAAGUCGUGCCGAUGGCUCUCAAAUGGCGGAGGAAAGGAUAAUGGAAGAACAGCAGAAAGGCCGUAGCAGUAAAAAAACAAAGAAAAAGAAGAAAGUUCGUCCAUUGAGCCGAGAGAUCACAAUGAGCCAGGCAUAUCAGAACAUGUGUGCUGGAAUGUUUAAAACCAUGGUAGCAUUUGACAUGGAUGGCAAAGUACGAAAACCCAAGUUUGAGCUUGAUAGUGAACAAGUUCGAUAUGAGCACAGAUUUGCUCCAUUCAACAGUGUAAUGACACCACCGCCAGUGCACUAUCUACAGUUCAAGGAAAUGUCUGACCUCAAUAAAUACAGCCCUCCUCCUCAGUCUCCUGAACUGUAUGUGGCAGCUAGUAAGCACUUUCAGCAGGCAAAAAUGAUACUGGAAAAUAUCCCAAACCCAGACCAUGAGGUCAAUAGAAUUUUAAAGGUUGCCAAACCCAACUUUGUGGUUAUGAAGUUAUUGGCAGGAGGACACAAAAAGGAAUCUAAGAUUCCUCCCGAAUUUGAUUUCUCUGCUCACAGAUAUUUUCCUGUUGUGAAACUUGUUUGAGAGAGACUGAAAAAGUGACCGUAAAGGGGGAGAAUCUACUUUCAGUCUACUCUUAGAGGAUCCAUCCAUCAGUCUUACCACAUAACAUGAAGUGAAAUGGAUUUCUUGGAUAACAACCCAUUAUAAGGAAUACUUUUAAUUUGACAGCCUUAUAUGACGUGAAUGAAAACUGCUGUUUUAAAGUGGUUUAUUAUGUUCCAUGGGUGAAACUGGUCUUAUUGAAUGCAUUGAUGAACGUUAUAUGGUUUUAUUACAGAUUUAAUCAUAAAUCAUUUUUUAUGAAUGAUUGAGUGAAAAUAGUGUUUGUAAAGGUUAAUAAAUUUCUUGACAAAAAA